CAAAGGGUAUCAUGACUAUUUAUAACCAGGAGUUGUAUGUUGUUCUUUUCAUCGGUGUUGUCGCGUCGGUUUGCGGCGUCGCGUCGCGGUGUUGAAUACAAACAAGGGCGAAGGGAACACGAUGUAAAGAGGAAAGCUGGCUACCCGUGUGCUGUGACAGUCCCCUUUUGUGUCUCUCUGUGCCCCUGCAUGUACCAUUGGCAGUCCCGGCCUCUUAGAGAGAGACACUGUGCUCAGAGACUGUGCUGCACUAGGAGAACCCAUGGCUUUGGGCUCUCUGUCUUCCACCAUAGGCCCCAGGCUCAGGCUGGUGGAGUUGCUGUAUGGGGUUCUGCUAUUCUUGCUGGUUUCUGGACUGGAAACAGCUCUGGGUCAGAAGGUCUACACCAAUACAUGGGCGGUCCACAUCCCUGGAGGACGAGAGUUAGCUGACCAAAUUGCCAAUAAACAUGGUUUCAUCAACCAGGGAUCUAUAUUUGGUGAUUAUUACCAUUUCCGGCAUCGCAAGGUGGUGAAGAGAUCGUUGUCAGACCACAGGGGGACACAAGUUCGUCUACAGCAAGAGCCCGAGGUGUUGUCAGCAGAGCAGCAGGUGGUGAAGAGAAGGAAAAAGAGGGACAUUUAUGAGGAGCCUUCAGACCCGAAGUUCAGAGACCAGUGGUAUCUCUACAAUGGAAACCACCGUGACCUAAAUGCCAAGGGUGCAUGGGAGUUGGGCUACACAGGGAAAGGGGUAGUGGUGUCUAUCUUGGAUGAUGGGAUAGAAAAAAACCACCCUGACCUGGAACAAAACUAUGACCCAGCUGCCAGCUACGACGUGAAUGAUGGGGACACAGACCCUCAGCCAAGAUACACUCAACUCAAUGACAACAGGCAUGGAACCCGGUGUGCAGGCGAGGUGGCAGCGGAGGCCAACAAUGGAAUCUGUGGAGUUGGUGUAGCAUAUAACGCUAAGAUUGGAGGUGUGCGUAUGCUCGAUGGGGAGGUGACGGAUGCUGUGGAGGCCCAGUCUCUUAGUCUCAAUCCCCAACACAUCCACAUCUACAGUGCCAGCUGGGGCCCAGAGGAUGAUGGUAAAACUGUUGAUGGACCUGCCAAGCUUGCCAAGGAAGCCUUUCUGCGUGGAGUUACAGAGGGCCGUGGUGGUCUGGGCUCCAUCUUUGUUUGGGCUUCUGGAAAUGGAGGAAGGGAAAAAGACAGCUGUAACUGUGAUGGCUACACAAACAGCAUCUACACGCUAUCCAUCAGCAGCUCUACUCAGAAUGGCAAUGUGCCCUGGUACAGUGAAGCCUGCUCUUCCACCCUCGCUACCACCUACAGUUCUGGGAACCUCAACGAGAAACAGAUUGUAACUACAGACCUCAAAUCAAAAUGCACAGACUCUCAUACCGGCACCUCUGCCUCUGCCCCACUGGCUGCUGGGAUCAUCGCCCUCGCCCUGGAGGCCAAUAAAAAUCUGACCUGGAGGGACAUGCAACAUCUGGUUGUGCGAACUUCACAUCCUGCCCACCUCCUUACCAAUGACUGGAGAACCAACGGAGUCAGCCGCAAAGUGAGCCAUUCAUAUGGAUACGGCCUGCUUGAUGCCAGUGCAAUUGUGACAUUGGCCAAGAAAUGGACCAAUGUGGGGCCCCAGCGGAAGUGUGUGCUCUCCAUGGUCUCCGAACCUAGGAAUAUUGGCAGCCAUUUGGUGAUAAAUAAGAGUGUGGAUGCCUGCUUACGGACAGACAACCAUAUCAACUCAUUAGAGCACGUUCAGGCCCAGCUCACCCUGUCCUACAACCGCAGAGGAAAUCUGGCCAUCCAUCUCAUCAGUCCCAUGGGCACACGUUCGACACUUCUUGCACCCAGGCCACAUGAUUACUCCUCAGAAGGUUUUAAUGACUGGGCCUUCAUGACCACCCACUCCUGGGAUGAGAAACCUAGUGGGGAGUGGACUCUGGAGAUAGAGAAUGUCGCCGGGGCCAGUGACUAUGGCACUUUGACCCAGUUCACGUUGGUCCUGUAUGGCACAGGCACUACAUCUUCCAGCCCCUCUGACAAAGAGCUGCCUCAGACUGGAAACGGCAGCUGUAAGACUGUUGAUUUGCAGCAGAUGUGCAUUGAGUGCAAUGCUGGCUACUACCUCUUUCAGCAGGGCUGUGUGAAGGAAUGUCCAGCUGGCUACACCGUCGGCUCCCAACCCCUCAACUACACACUGGGCAACUUUGUACAACCAGCCUCCGUCCUGACCUGCCUGCCCUGCCGGCCGCCCUGCCUGACCUGCAGCAGCCUCAGCCCCCUUGCCUGCUUGUCCUGUCCCCCUCACAGCUACCUGGACUCAACGUCUGGCACCUGCCUGCACCUCAACCAGAUCGAGCGUGAGUCCCCUGGCAGCUUCAUGGUGGGUCAGGGGCACAGUCAGCUGCAACUCGAGCUCACCUCCCAGCUGCCUAUCACCAUAGCCAUUCUCAGCUGCAUGGCCAUUGUGGCCACCUUCGCUGGAGUCUUCGUGCUGCUGCAGCUGCGUUCAGGCGCACUCAUCAAGCUGCCUUCCCUGGAGGCUGGCGGAGGCCUGAGAGGGGGCUUCAGCUUGGCUGGCAGCAGGCUGAUUUCUUACCGCGGUAUCCCCACAGUGUGGGGGGAAGAGGGGUUCAACACAGACUCCGAAAAUGAAGAGUUUGACGUCCACAACGAGAAAACUGCCUUUAUCAAAACACAAAGUGCUCUUUAACACAACCCGUCUCUGUCCCCCCCCCCCCACACACACACACACUUCUCCUUGCUCUCCACAACUCUUUGCCCUCUUUUCCCUGGUAAUUCAGAACUGUGGUACUGUCCUUUCAUAGUCUGUUCUGCUUUUAUCUCAUCCCCCCACCCCCUCUCUCUUUCUGUCACUGGGUUCUCAUCUGAGCGCUGGUGGUGGAACUUGUCUUCCACUCUGCUGUUGGUGACCAAAUGAGAGGUUGCUGUCUCCGAGAGCCUUAGGAUGGCCUGAGCUUGCUCUGUUCACACUUGGGCGCAUUUCUAUUAAACCGGCUCCCCACCCCCUCUCACCCUCAGUCACUAAUGGAUAGAGUGUGUCUGCAGAGCCCAUUUCCCCUACAGCUCCAGGGUUUCUUUGCAUCACAAUAAACAAACAAUUAUUGUUUGCUUUCCCCCACUUUUUUUUCCACCAGUCUCAAUGCAGUAGCCGAAUGAGAUUGUUGAAUGUGGGGAACACAGCUUUGUGUGUGUGUGUGUGUGUGUGUGUGUGUGCGUGUGUGCGUGUGUGCGCGUGUGCGCGUGCGUGCGUGCGUGCGUGCGUGCGUGCGUGCGUGCAUGUAAAUUGGGUGAACAGUGUCAUAAGACUGGAUCUUGAGAAGCUACAGCCAGACCCUUCCCAUCCUGAUCCAUAACUGGACUAAAUUAAGAUGUAACAAAAGAAAAAUUAAUAAUUAGACAUGUAUUUCCAUUUGUAAACACUGAUUGGCUGAUGUCAGCAUCCAAAACUUCCGUAGAAUAUUACUUAUUUCCCCUCCCUGUUCAUUUUUUUUAUAAGCCAGACUUGAUAAAAGAAAAGGAAAUAGCUCAACAACCCUAUCACAUCAAAGUAAAUCUUAUAAAGAAAUCAUAAUGACUCUUUCCUUGUAAUGAAUGUCUCCUCUUGAUGGGCGUUCUUUGGCAUGUUGUUAAUUGGCUGUAAUCCUCUGUUAUAGUGGGGAAAAACAAACAAAAUUACCCAUCCAUAAGUUUUCUGAAAAUUGCUUCUGACAUUUUGUAGAAAUUGUAGUCAGACAGUAAUUCAUAUUUUACUUGAAUUUAAUCUUUUCAAAUUGUUCUGAGUGGAAGGAAAUUGGCCCACCCACUCAGAUGCUGGCCGAGUGUAGCUUCAGUUUGUGGGUAAGAUCUGAUACAAAGGAUGACAAUUCAGCAAAAGGGCUUCAAGUAGCUGUUGAGUAACAAGUCCGUUGUGAUUGAUUUUCAUGCCAGAAUAUCAGCCCAAAAAAUACACCCAGAAGUGUUCAGGGAGCAAAAUCUUCAUUGUCCAGUAUAAUUGCAGAAUAUAGCACAUCCUUCUGUUCAUCAGAGAAAAUUGGCAUUGUAAAUGUCUUAUACCUAACUAACAUAAUGUGUGUGUGUGUGAGUGAGUGAUUAAAAGGAUGGCUUGGCAUCAGUUUAGAUUAUAUGGUGUUGAAAUCAUGAGAAAUCGUCCUAAUGCACAGAAGUGGGGAAAACGCUGCCCUUUUACCCACUCUGCAAACACUGUCUUGCAGGUGAAAUGGUAGUUUCCUGUUCAGUUUAAGCUGAGUCAAGCUGUCUUCUGUAAGUCUCAGCUUGUGUUAAUGAAUCCUGCAUUGAGAUCGGACAUUUUAUCACAGCUUAUCUUCACUCGCUCUUCAAUCAUCACCCGAUCUGAGCUCGAGAUUAUCUCUUCAGUAUACUUGCCAGUUAAUUAUAUCCUGAAUGACGUUACGGAAACAAUGUAUCCUGAGGGAGUUUAUUUUUUCAUAUCGUUAGGAAUUUGUUUUCUUAAGUGAUUUUUUUUCUUUCUUUCUUUCUUUCUUUUGGGCUGCAUUACGUAAAUGAAUCCAGUAUACAUAUUUUGGAUGAUCCAUUAAUCUUAUAUUUCUGUUGAAGUUAUUUUCUGUUUUCAGCACACAGCGGUGGGGCUUGCUGAGAGAGGUUGUCAUGGUGAUGACAUGCAUACAAAAUUGCAGCUGCUCAUCCUUUCAUCUACCUCUCAUAUUGUUCAGCAAUGUUUCAUACUUCUCUCAGUCGCUCAUGACAAAUGAAUAUUUUGGUCAAAUUGAAACUUAUCUUGGGAAAUAGUUUUUAAGGCGUGAAGGGGUUUUCAGGUUUAAUUUAUGUUUUGUAGGAAAUAAGAGCAACUGCAGUGCGGAGACUAUAAAUCUGCAGUGUAUGGUAUGCCCCCCCCCCCCCCACACACACACACACACACUGGACUUGGAUCUUAAAUAUAUCGCCUUUAUGAUUGGUAUUCAUGGGAAUUAACCCCUGUUAUUUAAAAUGGGGUUGGUAGAAGGAACGUCCAUAGAUGUAAUUGACCAACACCUGAGUAGCAAUCCUAGUUUUCCAACUUGAUGGUGUACUUCACCUCUCCUCUUCUACUUUACAGGGACCACUCCAUAUAGUAUUGAGGCAUUUCUUUGCUCCUGGCUUUUUACUGACAAUCACUAUUGUUUUGGUUUGUUGGGGUUUUUUUUGUUUUUUGUUGGCCAAGCAUAUAAAAUGAGUCAAGAUUAAAUAUUUUUGGAGGCUCCAUAAAUAUGCAGAGGCGAAUCGGAUUAAAAUUGCAAAGGAGUAUUCAGAGCUCAUUGGCCACACUAAAAAUUAAGCUAAAAGGGACAAACGCAGAGAAUUGAGUUUCAAACAAAAUACUUGCCAAAAGGGUCUGCUCCAUAUUAAUUCUGAAAUGCAGUAAUCAGCUAGAAGGCCCAGAUCACCACAGUUGGUUAGCACAGCUGCUUUAACACGUCCAUACAUAUGUUGUACACUGCAGUACAUAAGAUUUUAACACUGCUCGAGCCAGGUAGCACCAAACUGAAUUGGAAAUCACUCUCAAAAUCUAGAUUCAGAGUAACUGACUAACGGCCACAACAGGAAAAAAGCUAAGAGAAGAAGGGGUGUGUACCAUGGGGCACCAUAUAACAUACAUUAUUUGUUACUGUGCCAGUUAACAGAACACAUGAAUUCUAAAAAACAAAAACAUAGUGAUCCCUGCUAAAAUAACAGCAUGCUCAGGCUUAACUUAUUAAAUCAAUUGAGUGAUGUGGCAGCAAAUUUCUAUUUCCUACAGUUUAACAUUUUCUGGAGAUCAGGGUGCUAAAAGUGUGAACACAAGUGAUGUUUGACUUUGAGCCAUUUCAGUUAAAGUCUGUUUGGUUAUGUCUAAUUGUCACCUGAUCCAGUCAAAAAUACUACAACAUAUUUCAAUGUACAGUCUCUCAGUCUCUUACUAAACAAUUGCAGUUACUUUGUCUCCUAAAAGUGGAACGAGUCACUCCUGAGCUGUGACGUCUUUGCGUGCAUGCACACAAUGUUGUGUGUGUGUGUGUGUGUGUGUGUGUGUGUGUGUUUUCCCUUCUUGGUUUGAUGCUCUACUCACUACAUCAUGGAAACAACAUUAAGCCUAAUGAAAUCCAAACGUGCCAAGUAUUUGGCACGUUUGCUUGGACAGCGCUGAUGCAGAUAGCAGUGAGAAGCGAGUGCUGUUGCAAAUGAGUUUCCCUCAAAAAUAUAGAGAAAGCUAUACACUUAAAAUGAAAUGUUCUUUUAAAAUACCAAUAAAGCCAUGAAGCAUUUCACUAGGUAGCCACUUAUUGACACUAAUUUAUUAGACAUUUUAAUACUUUCAGAAAUUAUUGAAAAUAGAUUGCAUCACACAGUGGAUCCUAUGAUAAUGACAAAACAAUUGGUUAACGCGACCAGAAAACUUUUAUGUAGUAAACUCCAUACCUACGACAUGCAGUUAAACAUUUCAAUCCUGCCUUAGGAUAGUUUUAUGUGGUUAGUGUGUGAAGUUGAGGUUAACUGCAGCAAUAUCUUUGGCACAACCAAAGACAAUCAUUUUAAUAUUGUCCAAUUUUGAGAAUGUUACUUUCAGGUUAUCGGCAUCCAUUUAUUCUUACAUCUGUACUGUUUUUUUUUGUUGUUUGUUUUGGAAAUCUUCCUGUAACUUCUGCCUUCAAAAGAUGUGAGAUUUGCCGUGACGUUUGGUACGCUCAGCGGCUGUAGAGGGAGGAGGUAGAAUGUAAUCCCAUCGCCAUCAACUCAAGGGCUGAAUCAAAUUUGUGUCUGCAUACAUGCACAUGUGCCUCCGUGUGUGCACAUGCUGGUUAAAGUGGAAAUAAAACAUUGUGUGUGUGCGUGCAUGUGUGCACACGUGCAUGUGUGCGUGCGUGUGUGUGUGUGUGUGUAUGCGUGUGGUGGGGGGCUGCUAGCAGAGCAGCUUCAGGCAACUCUGUUGACUUCCUCCUGCCUCUUUUGGGGUCACCGGCUUUUGGCUGCAAACAGUACCUUACAGACACAGUGACCUAUGAAUAAUGUAAAAGAAUGACUAUCUUAAUGGGACGUGACUCUAAAAUAAGGCCUAUUUUUGUACUAUAUGAACAGUGCAGUGUAAUUUUCUUGUAAUUUAAAAAAAAUGGUUUUGCUCUUAUUUUCUCCUUUUAUUUAAUUGAUGUCAAUUAUAGAUUAGAUUCUACUAAAAAAUAAAGAUCUAUGCAAAUUUGAA